AUGGAGGCCACUAUUUUUGACGAGAGUAUGGAGAUGGCGCCUGAUACGACCGGAUACUUUGACACCCAUGAUGAUAUAGAGAUUGAGCUGGAUGGCCUAAGAGACCCCAACCACGACGAAGAUGUCAUCGUUGACGAUGCUUCCAUGGUUGGAUCCGAACAUCCAGGGAUGAUAGGAGACACCCACGAGCCGGUCAAAGACGCAGAUAUGAUGGAUGACGAGUUCCACGAGGAGAGUGGCAGUCUUAAAGAGGCCGAGGAAGACUACCAGUUUAUCGAUGAUGCGUUGGAUAUGGACCACCAAUCCUACGAGAUGGAGGAGGAUUAUGAAGAAGACAUAGAUGCUCCGAUCCCAGGCACGAGUGUUAUGGAAACCGGUGUGCCUGCAGACAAGGUACUUCCAGACGAAAUGCCCGAGGAGUAUCCGGCCCCAGAGAACCAUAAAGAAGAGGAUGUCGAAACCGAUAUCCAGGUUGAACCUCUUGAAGAGAACGUGUCAUCGGCGCCAAAAGAAGAAAACGAAGAAGUACACACGUCCGCAGACAUAGAACAACCCGAAAUUUUGGCACAAGACGGCAGCAACGAACCCGAACAGUUUGACAAUGAGGUAGAUCAGGCUUCAACGAAAGAGUCCUUCGAACAUGAGGAGCCAAGUCAUGAGAUCGAAGUACAGGCCGAUGCCUCUACUAUAGAGACCCUUGAUGAAGCCGAUCAGGAGGCCGCAAAGGAGCGGCCCAGCAACGGGCAGAAAGAAAAGGAGAGUGAUGAGAGCGAGCUUUCCGCACUACAUAACGUACAAGUCUUGUACCAGGACAGUGAAAUCUCACUAUUCCCUCCAAAGGAAGAUGAUCUAUCUGAAACAUACUUCCUCGAAGAUGAAGCACUUGCACACGAGCCGAUCGGGGAUCUGCUAAACGCUUGUCGGUCAGUCUUGGGAGAUCAUAUGGGAAAGGACGAGGAGCUAUUCAUAGAGAUAGAGUGUCUUGGACUUCACGUAACUGAGGCUACUCGAUCCUCUAUAUCGUUAUCACAAAUAGUUCAAGUAUAUCUUGACCUUUCCCGCAAUGACGGCGACACUAAUCCAGGCCCUCUGUACAUCUCACUUGCAACACAGCCAACCUUUACCCAGAACUUCGCCUCUAUCUUAGAAGCAGCACAGGCUGGGAAAGGUUUAUCGCAUGUUGGUAAAUGGGAUGAAUACGAAGACCAGAUUGUUUUUGAAGAGCAUGAAAAUGCCAGAGACAGCUCGCAAGAAGACGGCCAAGCAGAGCCCACAGAAGAUGUUGAAAAUACAGCAAACAAACCAGAAGCCUCUCUUGGUGAACUGGAAAACGAGCACGAGAAAGUGGGCGAAGAGGCAACUGGGGUGAAUGAAGGUAUAGAACUUAAUUCAAAGGAAAACGAAGUGCAUCAUGCGCCUACCUCCCCCCCUACCCCAGCUGCCGAGGAUUUUGAGGCUACAAAUCUUGAGACAAAUAACCCAGAGCCAGAGCUAGAGGAGGUCGUGGAUGGCCAAGCUGGCAAUGAUGAAGGUACUGAGCAAAAAAUAACAGAUCAGAAUACAGACCUAGGACAAAUCGAAGAGCCAACCGACGAGGACGUACGAGGAGAAGAUGAAGUUACGCAGCCCCCAAUCGCUGCCAACGAAGAGGCAGAGCCUCCGGUCCCCGAUCCUUCUCAGGAUACUAACACCGAGCCCACCAGCCAAGUUGCCGCUGCGCCUGAUAUGGGCGAGGAGUUUAUCCAAAUUGACUUGGAGACAUUCGAAGACGAAUUGCACGAUGGCGAGAGCCUUGCGGAUGGAAACUCUACCUUGCCUGCUUAUGAACAACCCGCUGAACCCAGCACUCCAGAACCUACCUAUAACCCACUGGAGAUUGAUGAAGAUAUUUUUAAGAGCCCCACCGCCCCUCCCGCGGGCUCACCCCAUAAAUCUCUCGAAGAUCUGGAUGGAGGGCCAUCAGAGGAAGUUGCUCCUCCAGCAGAAAUACAUGACGAAUACAAGCGAGAGCCUAGCAUUCCUGAAUCGCAAAAUGGCGAGGAUGCAUCCACGGCCGGUGCCUCCCCGGUGGGAGAUCGAACCCAGGACUUUAUCCCGGAGCAGGAUGUAGAUUCUGCAAACGGAGAUGAUCAAUUGGAAAUCCAACCCGAAUUUAAGCUGGACCCCAGAGGCCCAAUGGAGAAAGAUGGAGAAAACAUCUUCGCGGAGUCGGCCGUGUUAGAAGCAGGCUGGCCGCAAGACAACCCCGAUGGCCAAGGCGUGGUCGACCUAGAAGAGAUGCCUCAGACAGAGAUACUCCAUGGUUACGACUUAGAUGCCAGUGACUUAGCAGAUAAUAAUGGUGAAACCGCAGGAUCAGCCACAUUGGAGGACGGAUCCAAUGAGACAUUCCAAAAUGGCUCGGCCUCCAAGGAACAGAGCCCAAAGGCAGCCAAGAGGCCUUGUCCAGACGAAGAGCUGAACAUUUUAUCGAACCCAGUGCCAGUUUUAAAGAAACAUCGCUCUGAGUAA